CUACUUCAUUAGAUGAUAACGAUUCACCAAUGACUCCAAGUGACAAUGCCGAAGAUUUAAAACGAGAAUCUAAUCGAUCUGAAUCUACAAUAGCCGGUAGUUCUCAAGGUUCUCCAUCAUUAACUUCUGUAAAACCCGAAGGUCAAGAUGAAAAAUCUGAUAAUCACCGAUGUAUGUGGAGAGGUUGUACAAAAGUACUUGAUAGUUUAGAAUCUUUAAUAUCACAUGUCGGUGAUUCUCAUAUUGGUAGUGGAAAGGCUACCUAUGCUUGCGAUUGGGAAGGAUGUUUAAGGGGACAAAAGCCGUUCACAAAACGUCACAAGAUGUAUAAUCAUUUAAGAACUCAUACUGGGGAAAGACCUUUUGUAUGUAGUGUAAAUGGUUGUGGAUGUAAUAAGGCAUAUUAUCAUUCAAGAUCUCUCAGAAAACAUGAAAAAACACAUGAUAUACGUGCUGCUCAUUCUCAGCAUUCUUUACCAUCAGUUCAUUCUGCUGGAAUUUCUAUUACUAAUAAUGGAAUGCACAUAAAUUUUACAUCACCGAAUCGUCUUUUUUCAUCACAACAACAACAAACAUUAUUUCAACAAAGACCACCUGGUUUUGAUCCUUCUUCAAAUCCAUUACCGAGUGGCUCUCGUCAACCACCAUCAGGGCAACAUGGUUCUUUAAACUAUUAUCAUCCUCCUCCACUACAACCUCAUCGACCCGAACUAGUUCACCAUAGUCGUGGUCCAUCUUUUGAUGGUUCUCAACAACAAGGCCC